AUGUGCACAGUUUCGGCACAUAGCGAAACAUUUUUCGCCCUCCCCUCCUCGUCGACCCGCCCGCGUCUGCAUCAUCGAAAUCGGUCGUCCACAGACGCGUUUAUUGGCGCUCGCCUCAUCUCUUCUUGCUCCUCCACGCUCCUUCUCCUCACACACGCUCCUUUCCCCUCCCCGCGCCCUUUCGUCUUGUCGUGGCACAACGUCUUUUCGCACCCAGUCCUCCUCUUUUCCGCCAUAUUCAUCGACCGGGUGAUUUACUGCCAUUGUGUACGUCCGCACCAUCAGUUUCGGCGCGCUCAGCAAGGGGAGGUGUGGAUUGGCGAGUUCCUCGUCAGACGCAGAGACGGCUCGCCUUUCCCCGCCAUGAGGAGCAGCACGGCUUUGUGGAGAUCUGACACGCGGCAGCCGACACGCGCUGCUGACCAUCUGGAUGUGAGCAAGAUCGAGGCGGGCGAGCUGGAGAUGGGCACAGCGAAUCUGGCGUCACCGCGUGCGUCGAGGACAGCGUCAUCCUGCUCGCGCUGCCCCCCUUACCUGGAGUGUAGGUGGCGGCUCUGCUCCGCCCAGUGCGCCAGAUCACCCUCAACCGCCUCCUCGCCUUCUCCUGCCAACCUUGCCUCCUCCGGAUUCUGCUCAAGCACCAACACGGGCAAUGAGACAAUGGGGAGCAUCGGGGGAGGCAGCGAUGGGGGGAAUGGGGGAGCAUCGGGGGAGGCAGCGAUGGGGGGAAUAGGGAGCAUCGGGGGAGGCAGCAAUCGGGGGAAUGGGGGAACAUCGGGGGAGGCAGCGACGGGGGGAAUGGGGCAGUAA